AUGCUGCGCGUGUUGGCCGGCAUCAACAGAAAUCUGGUGAUCCCCGAGACGAGCGUCCUCUUCGUGGGCAAGCGACUACUCCUCCAGAAUCUCGACCCGGCGUUUGCCCUGGCAAAGUUGGGCGGCCUGCAGAAUGGAGUCGAGAUGUGGAAACAGGCCGUGCAGGUGGCAUUUGAAGAGGGCUGCUCGCCCAUCUACCUCAACCAGGCCAAGGUAAUCGCCGUCACCGAGAAAGUGUCGAGGACCAACGCGCCGUCGAAUUCGCAAGCCAUCUUCAGCGCUGUCAAGAAGAACGCGCCGACCAAUGCUCGGAGCCUGUCGAUCGUGCUGGUGGCCGAGUACCAAGAUGUCAUCGCUUCCGUGGCAGCCAUUGCCCGCUCGUUCCCCCUCUUCAACCUCAAGUCGAAGCCGUCGCCUCUUGAAGAAAUCAACGUCGAGGUGGUGGUCGUUGAUGGAGAGCUCGCCGCGGCCGACGUCGACUACCUGAACAGCUUGACGAAGUCGAUCCGUGAAACUGGGCGCCUGAUCGACAUGCCGGCCAACAUUCUCACCACGGAUGCUCUGGUCGAAGAGGCGCUGAAGGUGGGCACCGAGCUGCCCUGUGUCGAGCACACGCUGAUCCGCGGAGAAGAUUUGCUCGAGCAGGGCUUCGGCGGCAUCUACCACGUCGGGAAAGCCGGACCGACCCCGCCAGCGUUCCUCGUCCUCAGCCACAAACCUCCAGGCAGCAACCACACGUACGCGCUCGUCGGCAAGGGCAUCGUCUACGACACGGGCGGCAUGCAGAUCAAGGGCAAGACGGCGAUGCCGAAUAUGAAGCGCGAUAUGGGCGGUGCUGCCGGACUGCUGCACGCCUUUGCCACCCUCGUCCGCGCCGGCUUCAAGCAGAACCUCCACGUCCUCAUGUGCAUCGCCGAGAACAACAUUUCCCCGGCCGCCAACAAACCCGACGACAUCAUCCGAAUGCUGUCGGGAAAGACGGUCGAGAUCAACAACACUGACGCCGAGGGUCGACUCGUUUUGGGCGAUGGUGUCUUCUAUGCCAAACAUACACUCGGAGCGCAAACGAUCAUCGAUAUGGCUACACUCACCGGAGCGCAAACCUAUGUUUCCGGCCAAGUCCACGCGGCCGUUUUGACGAAUCUGGAGCAGAGUGAGCAAGAGGUCGAAGCCGCUGGGCGGCGCUCGGGUGAUAUGGCCAAGUCGAUGCUAUUCGCUCCGGAUCUGCACUUCCGCGACCUGAAAUCACCGGUGGCCGACAUGCGCAACCACUACUUUGGCACCAUGCAGGGCCCGCCCUCGGCGCUUGGCGGUCUCUUCAUCGGCGCUCACAUCGACUUUGGCGAGGAUCUGAACUGGAUCCACCUCGACAUUGCGGCCCCGGCUGAAUGUGAAGAUCGCGCUACUGGAUACGGCCCCUCGCUGCUCUCCGUCCUUCUCGGCAAGGAAACGUCGGUGCCCAUCCUUCAA